AAGUUGCAAAAAAUAAGAAGGAUUAAGACUUCUUUGGCAAAGAUUGAUCGUUAUUGACUUCUUCGAUCCUAGUCAACGAAAGAGUUGACGUUGCACAGCAAGUUUCUUUACUCACAUCCCAACUUCUCUGCUCUUUGCUAGUGCUUAAAUCCAUCCUUGUGUUCUAACAAAAAAUUAAAAACAAAAAUCACAACAAAUGAACAAAAGAUGGGCACAAUAAUCAUUACCAAGCUUUUGUUGCAUGUUUAUUCUUUGCAUCUCUUUUUCUUUCUUUCUUUUGGAACCGAUACCAUUUACUUGGGUCAAUCUAUAUCCAAUGAUCAGACCAUUAUAACGUCUACAAAUGGAGUCUUUGAACUUGCCUUCUAUACACCAGAAUCAUCGUAUGGCUGCACUACCUACGACAGCAGCCAGUACAAAGCCUGCUACAUUGUAAUCCGAUACAAUAACCUUCCUGCACGAGAUAUUGUGUGGACAGGAAACAUCAGAUAUCCCCUGUCUAUCAAAUCAUUCUCACCUACACUAUCUCUAGAUGGUAAUUUAACACUCACCAAUGGUGAGGGACAAUCCAUAGUAAUUUGGUCAAGCAGAUCAUCUUCAGAGUACAAUUCCACGAAAUUAGUCCUCGAGGACAACGGUAAUCUGGUACUUAAGUGUAUUUCAGAUCCCAACAUCAUCCUCUGGCAGAGUUUUGAUCAUCCUACCGAUACGUGGUUACCUGGUGCCAAGGUCGGAUUCAAUAAGCUUACUAACACACAACAAGUCUACGAAUCCGGUAUAUUCUCUUUUCAGAUGGAUAACAAUACAUUCAACUCUAUUAGUCUUAAUAAUGGCUCCUGUAGGGUUAAAGAAAAAUCUAUCUUUUGUAUGUUGGAAUUAGGCUGGUAUAAUGGUCAAGCAGACAUGGUUCUGUUUGACCACACCUCCGUCUCCCUCGUGUCAAAUGUGAACGAGACAUAUUUUACUUAUUCACAGACAAACACCUCCAUUUUAACACGAUUUAUGCUCGACAAAGCCACUGGGUUGUUAAUUCAAUAUGUGUGGUUGGAUGAUUUCCAUGUCUGGAUGGCAUCAAAAUGGAAGCUGUCAGACAAAUACUGUGAUCAAUUUGCAGUCUACAACCACCAACGGAACAACUCGCAAGAUUGCACAUGCUUUUCUAGAGCUGAAUGUGUAAACACUAGUCCUUUCCAGUGCUAUGAUGGCACAAAAGAAGGUUUUCUACUGAUUCAAAAUUCAACACUUCCUUCGGAGACUGGUCUUCCUAUAGGAGGCCAAGACGGUUGCAUUAGACCUUGUGUGCGAGAUUGCAACUGUGAAGCAUAUGGAAGAUAUGAUGAUCACAUUAACGCUUGCCACAUGUGGUAUAGCCCCCUAGGCCUAUAUUAUUCUCCAGGAUCAGAUGUAUAUGUCAGACUUGCUACAACAAAUAGGAUCAAGGCCGGACUUGCUACAACUAAGACAAGAAAGGCUAAGCCGAAAAGUAAUUCAUCAAUCAUAGGAGCAGCUCUAGGUGGAUUAAGUCUAAUAGUCACAGCAGUGGUUUUCAUUUGGAAAAGCAGAAGAAAAAACUCUGUACACGCGUUACAGGCAGAGGAGGGUUCUUUAUUUAUCAUGAAGUACAGUGCUAUCCGCAGUGCAACAAAGAACUUUUCAUGUAAGUUGGGUGAAGGAGGUUUUGGGACUGUCUACAAAGGAACUUUGCCAAAUUCAUCAGCGAACAUAGCUGUGAAGCACCUUAAGGUUCAAUGUCAGGGAGAGAAGCAAUUCCGAGCAGAGGUAAGCACCUUGGGAACAAUUCAACAUUCCAAUCUUGUGCAUCUUUGGGCUUUUUGUGUUGAGAGCUCAAAAAGGUUUUUAGUCUAUGAGUAUAUGCCUAAUGGAUCACUUGAUAAGCAUAUAUUUUGCAAAAGCCCUGGAAAUUUACAAUGGAAAACAAGAUAUCAAAUUGGACUAGGUAUUGCUAGAGGAUUAGCCUAUUUACAUAGCGAGUGCAGAGAAUGUAUCAUACACUGCGACAUUAAGCCAGAGAAUAUAUUGCUAGAUGGUGAAUUCAAUCCUAAGAUUGCUGAUUUUGGCCUUGCUAAACUUCUAUGUCGAGACUUCAGUCGUGUAUUGACAACAAUGCGGGGAACAAGAGGUUAUCUUGCACCCGAGUGGAUUUCAGGUGCACCCAUUACAUCAAAGGCUGAUGUAUACAGCUACGGAAUGAUGCUUUUUGAGAUUAUAUCUGGCAGAAGAAACUGGUCUAUGAGAAUCAAAGAAGAAAAUGAUUACUUCCCAAUUCAAGUCAUGCAGAAAUUGAUGAAUGACGAAGAUGUUAUAAGCUUGCUAGACAGUGAACUAAAGGAAAACGUCGACUUAGAAGAAUUAAUCAGAGCUUGUAGAGUUGCAGGCUGGUGUAUACAAGAAAACGAGGAGGACAGACUAUCCAUGAAUAAUGUCGUACGAAUUUUGGAAGGAGUCAUGGAAGUUGUUAAUCCUCCAAUUCCAAGAUUUUUACACUAUGUUGCAGAAAUUCCAAUUAACUCUACAGCUUACCUUUCAUGUAUUACUGAGUGAUAACCAACUCACCUAACCGAACAAAUUUUGUAUGUUAGUCAUUCAAAUGAUAAUUUCAGCAUACUAUCAUAAAACUGUAACAUGCCAUGCUCCAAAGGUAUAUAUUGGCGAGUUUUGGCCAGAGUUCUCUUCCUAUGUGUCUGUUCUAAUCACGUUGUAAUU